CGGAGCUUAGACGGUUACACAAUUCAAGUUGCUCUGAAUCUCUGAUCCACCAUAUCCCACCUGCACAAGCUAGAACUAACUCAACUUUCACACCACACACAAAUCAAGCAGAAGAUGGCCGGAGGUGACGAGCUGAAGCUGCUGGGCUCAUGGCUGAGUCCAUUCGCCACCAGGGUGAAGCUCGCCCUCACCCUCAAGGGCCUGAGCUACACGGAGGUGGAGGAGGACCUAUGCAACAAGAGCGAGCUGCUCCUCCGCUCCAACCCCGUGCACAAGAAGGUGCCGGUGCUCAUCCACAACGGCGCUCCCGUGUGCGAGUCCGUGAUCAUCAUGCAGUACAUCGACGAGGCCUUCGCCGGCACCGGUCCCUCGCUCCUCCCCUCUGAGCCCCACGAGCGCGCCGUCGCUCGCUUCUGGGCCGCCUACAUCGAUGAGAAGCUCGUGAUCCCGUGGGUGCGGUCGUUCAGGGGGAGGACGGAGGAGGAGAAGUCGGAGGGGCUGAAGCAGACGUUCGCCGCGGUGGAGACCCUGGAGGGAGCCCUGAGGGAGUGCUCAAAGGGGGAGGGUGGCUUCUUCGGUGGCGACCGCAUCGGGCUCGUGGACGUCAUGCUGGGGAGCCUGCUCACGUGGGCGCACGCGGCAGAGGUGAUGUCCGGGACAAGGAUCUUUGACCCUGCCAGGACCCCGCUACUCGCCGUGUGGAUGGUACGCUUCGACGAGCUCGACGUCGCCAAGGCCGUCUUGCCGGACGUUGCGAGGAUGGUCGAGUUCAAGACGAAGCAGGCACGGGCUCUCGCUGCCGCUGGAACUUCAGACAGCAAGUGAACUUCAGGCACACUCUCGCUUGGUGGCAGAAAAGAAUUGCUAUAAAAGAAAGAUUAGUUGCAACUUUUCAGAGGAACAUGAAAUUAACUAGUCAUGACAAGAUAGGUCCUCAAAAGUAUAGACACUUUGAGUUCAAUAAUUUAGCAGCAGGUUACCUUCACUUGUAUGAAGUUGGUUCGUAUGAGACUGAGCAGGCGACA